CUUCGGUCCUUCAUCAAACAAGUGGUGUGCAAAGCAGUAAAACCAGGAUCUCAAAUACACAAAAACCACCGAUUGCGUCAUUCGCGUUUAUUCUCUUCUCGCUCAGUUUUUGAUUCUCUCUCUCUCUCUCUCUCUUUCUCUCUCUCACUUUACUUUCCAAUUUGCUCCUCUCUCUAAAUCAAUGCUCGCGAUCACAACCUACUCGAACUCAUCCAAUUCCAAUUGUAUCGAUCUGUGUAUAUAUAUAUAUAUGUUAACCAAGGCUUAGUUAAUUGAAUUCUACUUUUAUUUGUUAAUCUAAGUUUUUUUUUUACAUGGAAAUGGCUUCAAUUUCUUCGAGUCCUCGUUCUGUAGAAGAGAUCUUCAAAGAUUAUAGCGGUAGACGAGCCGGCAUAGUUCGUGCUUUGACUUCCGAUGUUGAUGAAUUUUAUGGACUCUGUGAUCCAGACAAGGAGAACUUGUGUCUAUAUGGACAUCCAAAUGAAACUUGGGAAGUCACUCUUCCAGCAGAGGAAGUUCCCCCAGAGCUUCCUGAGCCUGCGCUUGGGAUCAAUUUUGCCAGAGAUGGUAUGAACCGUAGAGAUUGGCUUUCGCUGGUUGCAGUGCAUAGCGACUGUUGGUUGCUCUCUGUGGCUUUCUAUCUUGGAGCCCAGCUUAACCGUAAUGAAAGGAAACGCCUCUUUAGCAUGAUCAAUGAUCUACCCACUGUUUUCGAAGUUGUGACAGAAAGGAAGCCUGUGAAAGACAAGCCCAGUGCAGACAGUGGAAGCAAAUUCCAUGGCAGCAUCAAGAGAUCAAGCGAUGGACAGGUGAAAAGUAAUCCGAAGCUUGCAGAUGAGAGUUACGAGGAGGAUGAAAAUGAACAUAGUGAAACCCUCUGUGGGAGCUGUGGUGGGAAUUAUAGUGCGGAUGAGUUUUGGAUUGGCUGCGACAUCUGUGAGAGGUGGUACCACGGGAAGUGUGUGAAGAUCACUCCGGCUAAAGCUGAGAGUAUCAAACAAUACAAAUGCCCAUCUUGCAUGAAGCGAGGCAGGCUGUAGUUCCUUCUAAAACCAGCAAAAGGGCAUUGAACAGCAGCUGACAAAGUAGUAUAGAAAAUAUUAUCCUUCUUAUGCUUGUAAUUGGAUUUGUCAUGGUGCUUGUUUAUAGUGAAUGGUCUCAGAUAGUUGGAGAUGGCCUUUGUCCCUCCAAAUCUCCGUGUUCAUGCUUAUAUUUAUGUGUUGUCGUAUUUUCUUAAUUAUUGCAGAUAACAUUUGAUGCUUGUGGAGUUAUCCCCA